AUGGAUUAUUACGGACGUGGCUAUGACUCUUCUCACUACAGAUACUCUAGCCGGUACCACAAUGACAAUCAGGCUCACGGUAACGGAAAACGCAACGGCGGUGGACGCCCCUACCGCCGAGAACAUGGUUCGGGCAGUUAUAAGGCGCGAAGUGAACUUUUCCAAGGCGAAACUUACUAUCCACGCGGAUCACGGGUAUCACACAACAUUCAGGCUUCCCACCCAAAGACGCGUCGACCGGAACCUCAGCUGCGGUACAACACAUCCCGUUUCCAGGAACAGUACCACUACUUCGAUCCUGUAGCCAAACGUCUCAUACACAGGGAUGAGAUGAAGUCAUGGAUUGCCGAUUCGUUGCCGAAGUCUGGCUAUGUGAUGACUCAAGAGCCUCAAGCAGGCGGCAAACCUAGGACAGUGCUAAAACCUCGAACACCAGAACAGACGGCUACAGACCCGAGGUCAAGUAAUCUCGAAGAUCGAUCAAAGGCCCGCAAGCCGCACAGGAAGCCCCGUUCGAAACUUUCGCGACUGCCACGGAUAGUUUACGAUAAACAUUCGAUAGGACCUCCUCCUCCAAGUGAGAUAGUCGUUCACGCAAUCAGUCGUGAUCCUAAAAAUUCGGUUCAAGAUGCCAUAAUAAAGAACUAUUUUAGCACUUUUGGAGAAAUAUCGCACUUUGAGAGCUUCAUGGAUCCCAAUAAUGCACUUCCUCUUUAUGUCUACGUUAUGCGAUUUACAGGUCCACCAGGAAACCUAGAUGCUCCUCAUCGGUCUGCCCAUAAAGCGUUUAAAACAUUCGAGAAGUCUUGCUAUUGUGUAUCAGGCUUCAAGUUUGCCGUCGCCAUAAAUGAUAAUAACCAAUCACGCAAAAUCAUAGACGCUAUGAUAGAGAGCAAUCUCAAAGAGGCAGCGAAACUCCAAGAACAAGUACAGAGACAACAGAAGCAGAUCCCUUCGACGGUCGGUCCUCAGCCGACACUAUUGCCUAGAGACCUUGAGAAGGUUGUCCAAGGUAGACCAUCUCUUUUCGUGUCGAAAAAAGUUAUAUCUAUUCAUGGACUGGCAAUCGAAGACUUCAAAAUCAAGCUGGCUAAGUACAAGUUCUCAAGAAUUGUUGGGCAUUCCACGGGUUUUUAUGUGGUGUUCAAUGAUGUAAGCGAUGCUAAGGCUUGCAUGUACGUAGAGUCUGAUGUGAUGACAGUUAACUCAAGGAGAAGACGGAAACCUGUUACUAUAAGAUUUACUCUAAUAGAUCCUGUUCCAUCAUUGGCUAUGACAACCAAAAGUGAAAAGAAUGAAAGUAAGAAGGUUGGUUAUGCAUCGACUGACGAACUAGUCAACGCGACUGUUGAAAUUCUUUUACAAGACCUAGGUCUUGCUUUAGAAAUGGACAUAAAAAGGCGGAUUGUUGGACCAACUGUAUUUGAUAUGUUGAAUCCACAGCGAUAUCCUGAAAUACUGGCCAAAAAGGAAGAAGAAGAGGAGAGAAAAAAUGAACUGCGACGGAUUGCAAGUCAAACAAGACAGGAACAGCAAGCAAAGUCUUCGGCCUUUGAUAUAUUUAAUCUUUAUGGUGCGCGCUUUAAACCGAAGGGUUCGUCAGUCGCACGAGACCGCAAGACUACUCAGACGAGAUAUUCUAGCGCGAAGGACCCAAAAUUAGAAAAGCCGAUGGCUCACCUUCUGAACAAAAGCUCUAGAAGCGACACACCGAUACCAUCCGACUUACAAACGGACGAAGACGAAAUAAUGUUGUCUUCCAUUGAGAAUGAAGAAGAGGAAGAGGAAGAGGAAGAAAAAGGGGAAGAAGAAGAGGAGCAGGAUGAUUUAUCAGAUUCUUUUGAGCAUUCUGAGAAGAAAAUCAAGCUACAGUCAUCCGAAGCAACCACCCCUGAGCCUGAUGAUCGAAAGUUUGUUCUCAACAGCACCCGGACCGAAGAAUUGAUGAAGAUCCCCGAAAAAUACAGGCCCAAUGCUCACGAUAAACCGUCUACCGUCUAUCCUCCUAACCUAUUCAGCAGCUCAGGUUCCUUGUCAUUAGUAGAUAUCAGGGACGCUGUCAAGGACGAGGAGGACUUUGAAGUUUUGAAGGAGAUCAUAGGCGUAUCCUCGGAGCCCUUAGAUGAACGAAACAAGUUUCUCCUAGCCUCACUCCUCUUUGAUAUAAACCGGUCAUCACAGGAGAAUCGGAAAGUUGCCGCUUUGCAAGAUAGUAUGAAUGAUGUACCAUUUGAUGAUUCUCUAAAAAGCGCCACUGGCAGCUUCAAGGCUGAUGGGUUUAAAAAAAUACCUGACAGGCUUAAAAAUUGUUAUUUGCCUCAUCGCAGAAAGCUGCACCAACCAUUGAAUACCGUGUACCACCAUCAAGACAUCACUGAUGUGAAUGUAGAAUCUUCUCGCCAGGAAUCGGAAAAACCAGAGCUUGACAUGCACGCUCCGGAGAUCACUUCCUCAAGGAUCAACCGCGCAAUCAAUAGGCGUUUCCAACAAGAUAUCGAAGCCCAAAAAGCGAUCAUUGGCUCAGAAUCUGAACUUUUGACUCUCAAUCAAUUAACCAAGCGUAAGAAACCCGUUACUUUCGCGCGAUCGGCAAUCCAUAACUGGGGUUUAUAUGCAUUAGAGCCCAUUGCUGCCAAAGAGAUGAUUAUCGAAUACGUUGGUGAGAUUCUUCGGCAGCCGGUGGCCGAAAUGAGAGAGAGGACAUAUUUGAAAAGUGGCAUUGGCUCGAGCUAUUUGUUUAGAGUCGACGAGUCUACGGUUAUUGAUGCCACUAAGAAGGGGGGCAUUGCGAGAUUCAUCAAUCAUUGCUGUGAACCAAGCUGCACUGCUAAGAUCAUUAGAGUUGGGGGGAGAAAAAGAAUUGUCAUUUACGCUCUCAGGGAUAUUGCUGCGAACGAGGAACUCACCUAUGAUUACAAGUUCGAAAGAGAAACGGACGACGAAGAAAGACUACCUUGUUAUUGUGGGGCUCCAAGUUGUAAGGGUUAUUUGAACUGA